ACCACUAAACGCAGUACUUCUUACCCAUAGCUAUUUUCCUGAACUUUUCUCUGCUGUGCGUCUGUUUCGAUGACGGACCCUAUCUCUCUCACACUCUAUGAAAAGGUCGCUCAUAAAAACUCCUUACUCAGAUCCUUGGAUUUCAUCAUCCUCUUCCUUCUCCUCUCUCUCCUCUCCUAUCGUCUAUUCUCACUCGACAGCCAUGGCCUCACUUGGUUACUCGCCUUCCUGUGCGAGCUAUGGUUCACCUUCAACUGGCUUCUCAUCAUCACCAUCAAAGGGAACCAAGUUGACUACAAAACUUAUCCACAACGACUCUUACACCACCGCAAGGAAAUCGAGCUUCCAGCAGUGGACAUGUUUGUUACUACAGCAGAUCCUGUAUUAGAGUCGCCAAUCAUCACUAUAAACACAGUGCUGUCGUUGAUGGCAGUUGAUUAUCCGGCUGAUAAGCUAGCUUGCUAUGUGUCGGACGAUGGGGGUUCAGCUAUUACAUUUUAUGCCCUUACGGAAGCAUUGAAGUUCGCUAAGUUAUGGAUUCCCUUCUGCAAGAAAUAUGGCAUUCUUGUUAGAGCCCCCUUCAGGUACUUCUCUGGCAGUGAGCCCAUUUGGAGUGAGACUUUACUACAGCUCAAACAAGAUUGGACAAUCAUGAAGGAUGAAUAUGAAAAGCUUAUUCAAAAAAUCGAGAAUGCAGUGCAAAAGCACAUGUUGCGUGAUUUUUCAGGCGAGUUCGAUGUUUUUUCAAAUAUAGAUCCCAAAAAUCAUUCCACCAUAGUCAAGGUUAUAUGGGAGAAUAAGGAGAGGAUCUCUGAUGGAUUACCACAUCUAAUUUAUAUGUCAAGGGAGAAGCAUCCAGAGCAUCCACAUCAUUACAAAGCUGGCGCAAUGAAUGCUUUGGUUAGAGUUUCCGGAGUAAUGACAAAUGCUCCGUUCAUAUUGAAUGUUGACUGUGAUAUGCAUGUCAACAAUCCACAAAUUGUGCUUCAUGCAAUGUGUUUGUUACUUGGUUCUCAUGAUGAAAGUGAAGGCGCAUUUGUCCAGUCUCCUCAAAUCUAUGAGGCACCUGGGUCACUUCAAGUUCUAUAUCAAUUUAUGGGGCGAGGAAUAGCGGGAAUGCAAGGACCUUUUUAUGCGGGCACAGGAUGCUUUCAUAGACGGAAAAUCAUUUAUGGAGCGUGCCCAGAUGACAAGGAAAUCAGAGAAAGAAAUCUGACUACUGCUCGCGCUGAUCAUUUGACUGCUCAGAAACUGCAAAAAAUGUUUGGAAAAUCUACCGAAUUCGUUGAAUCGGCAGCUGAGAUUUUAUUAGAGCAGGAAGAGAAGCUGAAUCACAGAAAUCAUUUUACUAGUUCAAUUGCCGCAGCUUACGAAGUCGCUAGUUGUCGUUAUGAGUAUGGAACAAGCUGGGGUACAAACAUUGGCCUGUUAUAUGGAUCAACGACCGAAGACAUCCUGACGGGACUGAUGAUCCAUGCAAGGGGAUGGAGAUCCCUGUACUAUGACCCAGACCCGCGAGCGUUUCUCGGGUCAGCACCAUCGGGCGGGCUAACUGCAAUGAUCCAACAGAAGAGAUGGGCAAUGGGGCUACUUGAAAUCCUACUCAGCAGGAACAAUCCCCUUGUUGCUACUCUCACUGGGAAGCUCCAAUUCCGGCAGUGCGUGGGCUAUAUUUGGCUCCAAAUAUGGGGCCUGAGGUCCAUCCCCGAGCUAUGUUAUACUCUCCUCCCGGCGUAUUGUAUCAUCACCAACACCCACUUCUUGCCCAAGGGAUUGGCCCAACUUAUACCUGUCGCUCUCUUUUUAACUUACAACAUGUACACUCUCUGGGAAUACCAUUUAACCGGCAUAUCAAUCCAUGUAUGGUGGAACAACCAACAAAUAGCAAGAAUAACAUCAACGACGGCAUGGUUGUUUGGAUUCUUAAGUGUCAUCCCCAAGAUACUAGGAUUCUCUGAGAUUGUGUUUGAAGUAACCCCAAAGAGCCGCCCUUCUCUUGAUAACCAGGUUGAUGCCAUUGCCGAUGCAGGUGGCUUCACUUUCGAUGAGUCUCCAAUGUUUGUGGUGGCCUCAACUAUUUUUUUAGUGUACAUGUCUGCUGUGGUUGCGCUAUUGUUAGGGCUGCAGCCAUCAAGCCAGGGUGGGAACGGGGUUGGGUUGGCGGAUAUCGCAUGCGGCGUAUGGGCGGUACUAUGCUUUUGGCCUUUUGGAGAAGGGUUGUUCAGAAAAGGGAAAAAUGGGAUUCCUACAUCUACUAUAUGCAAAUCAACUGCUUUGGCAUUCUUUUUUGUGCAAUUAUGUUUAUGGAGCUCAAGGAUGAAGUUUGUUGAAACUUAAACUUGACUGGUUGUAGAAGAGAUGGCCGGCAGCCCACCUCUGUUGAAUUUGCGCUGGAGUCGGCAGCAGUCUCGCCAACUCCAGCCACCAUUGUUGAUUAUAAUCUUCAUCUACCGUUCAUCCUUUGCUAUAUAUAGAUGUGUGUGUAUUUGUAAUGUAAUGUGGUGUAAAGAGGGUGAAUAACUAGUGAGUGGAGAGAAUUGUAUUUUGAGAAGGUCUCUGUAUUUUAUUUUCAUAUUGAAAUCA